AUGAGGAGGGAUGUUCGCAUUCUGCUGGUGGGAGACGAGGGCGUCGGCAAGAGCACAAUUAUCACUUCUCUAAUCAAGGAAUCAUUUGUCUCCCAUGUCCAACACAUCGUCCCAGAAGUCACCAUCCCACCAGAAGUAACGCCGGAGAACAUCACAACCUAUAUUGUCGACUCGGGAGCUGGCCCCAACGAUCGUGUCCACCUUGAAUCCGAGAUACGCAAAGCCCAUGUCAUCUGCGUCGUUUACGCGAUUGACAACCCAAACUCUUUCGAUCGCAUACCCACCUACUGGCUACCCCAUUUCCGACAACUAGGUGUCAAUGUCCCAGUCAUCUUGGUUGGCAACAAAAUCGACCUUCGUGGCGGAGAGGUGACGAAUGAGGCGCUUGAAGAGGAGAUUAUACCUAUUAUGACCGAGUUCAAGGAGGUUGAAACUUGCGUAGAGUGUUCGGCUAAGCUUCCACUGAACGUGUCCGAAGUGUUCUACUUUGCUCAAAAGGCCGUCCUCCACCCGACUGCUCCUUUAUACGAUUCUCGGGACCAUGUCCUCAAGCCUGCCUGCGUAGAAGCGCUUAAACGGAUAUUCAAGCUUUGCGACACGAAUAAGGAUGGUGUACUUGAUGCUGCGGAGUUGAACGAGUUCCAGAGAAAAUGUUUCGACGCACCACUCCAAGCGCAAGAACUCGAGGGUAUCAAAGCAAUGGUCCGGGAGCAUGCAGAGGGAGGAAUCCGAGACGAAGGCCUGACGGAAGCUGGAUUCCUCUACUUGCACACAACGUUCAUCCAACGGGGGCGGCUGGAGACGACGUGGACUGUGCUUAGAAAGUUUGGCUACGCGGAAGAUCUUCGGCUGACAGAGAGUUUCUUGCUGCCCAAAUUCGACGUUCCGUAUGAUUGCUCGGUGGAAUUGAGCCCGCUGGGGUAUCAGUUCUUUACCGACAUCUUCGAAAUCUUUGACAAAGAUCAAGACGGUGCAUUGAACGUGACAGAGCUGAACAAUUUGUUCAGCACCUCCCCGGGCAACCCAUGGGCAGCGCAAAAGUUCCCGGACACGACACUUUCUGACGACUCUGGAGCUGUGACAUUGCAAGGUUGGCUAGCCCAGUGGAGUAUGACAACACUCCUGGAUCACAAAACCACACUUGCCUACCUCGCCUACCUAGGUUACCCCGGGGAACCUCGCACCGCUGCCCUCCAAAUUACCCGUCCCCGCAAGGUCGACCGACGUAAAGGCAAAGUUACGCGUAACGUUUUCCUAUGCUAUGUCUGUGGCGCUGCUGGAUCUGGCAAGACCAGUCUCUUGAGGGCGUUUGCAGGGAAGAACUUUAUGGGUGGGUAUGAGCCUACGAGCAAGAUGAUUAGUGUGGUGAAUGCGGUUGACAUUGAUGGGUCUGAAAAGUACUUGGUGUUGCAAGAGUUUGGGUCGAGGUAUGAAGCUGAGACGCUGAGGAACCCGAAAAAGACGGAUUUGGCGGAUGUGAUCGUGUAUGUGUACGACUCGAGCGACACGAAUUCCUUCUCGUACAUCUCCAAUCUGCGGCAACAAUACAACCUAGACCAUAUCCCGAGUUUGUUUGUGGCCACCAAGUCUGAUUUGGAUCUUGCUCUGCAGCGGCACGAAGUCCAGCCUGAUGUGUAUUGCAGACGGCUAGGAUUGCAAGUGCCGGUCGCUGUGAGCGUCAAGACGGGCCAGAUCGCGGACGUGUUCCAUUCGAUAGUGGGGAUUGCUUUGAACCCAUACUCGGCAAUACCAGGAGGUGCUGAUCGAGCACUAACAGCCGCCGCGAGGUUCAAGACCUACGUGACGGUCACCGCGGUGCUUGGGGGAAUGACGGCAGGGUUGAUCAUGCUUUUUCGGACGUUGGCAAGGCCUGGGGGACCUGGCUUGCCUUCGUGGACACCACCGUGGAUGUAUAGCUGGUUGGUGGGGAGCUCGAGACGAUAAUUUACAGCUAGACAUUAGUACAUAGUAGAUAUGUGACGCAGGCUUUUUCACG